CUUCUCUGUUUUCGUCGUCCCUCACCUGGCAGGGCGGCACUCAUUGACUCCUCUAGUCAUUCUCUUCCCCUCUCGCGCCCUGCUUCUUGUAUGAUCUGUGCUGCCGAUUUCAGGCGACCGGUCGUCGCUCUCGAAGUGUCUCAGGAUAUAUGAAGACAACUGUAGAUGGAGGAGAUGUGCAAAGAACUAGAGUUAAGCUCAUCGUCAGCCGGGGUGUAUGUGUUGCCUGGAGAACCAGCUAUAGUAAUUAAUGGGGUGCCAAAGUUGAACUCUAGCAAUGGCCCUCCUGCCUUUUCUGAUACCAAGCAUGAGGCGAAGUCACCCGGAUUCCAAGGUUUCGGUGAAUGGAUGGAAGGGAGAGAAGUUUGGAAACUGUUUGAAGGGCAAUAUUUUUCUGGUACUGUUGUGCAGUUUGAUAAGGAAACCGGCUGGUACAGGGUAGUCUACGAAGACGGCGACUCCGAAGAUCUUGAGUGGCAUGAGCUGGAAGAUAUUCUACUUCCUCUGGACAUCACGGUUCCUCUGAAAUCCUUGGCACUAAAAGUCGUCAGGAAAGGCCCGAAAUCCACUAACAAGGACCAAAGGAACUUGAUGCCAUAUAAAAAAGGCAAGGCGGCUAAUUCGGGAACAAGGUGAAGAUAAGUGUGGGAGGUCGAGGAAGCUGGCCGAUGGAUUCAUACAUUUUGAGUGCAGACGCUGAGCACCGUGGAUUGGCCAAAGGAUGGUAAAAGUACCCUAGGAAUAUGAACGAACCAUGUAUGAUUUUGUGCCCCAGUUAUUUCGCUCCCCAUCUUAGGUGCCAUGUUGCUUCAAAUCUCGUCUUUGUUAAUUUGAUAUGCACAGUUACUACACUCGAUCUCAACCAGAAGGCCGAGAAAGGUAUUUGCACGUCUUUCUUCUCUUUGCUGAGGAUCACCCAAGUGAAAAGGCGCCUUAAAAAAAUUUACCCACUUGUGGAUUUGUCUUCUCUUUAUUUAGGUAUGCUUUGCUAGGGUAUUCUUGCGGGCUUGUCUUGAGGUGUAUCUAUCAUUCAAAUCAAUGGAUUAUGCACUAAGAGGCAGGUCAUCUCAGCACUUUAUUUCUUUAA